AUCAGAUGCUUGUUUUUCUUUACUUUGUAGUCCCUAUUGCUUGUUUCUUUGCCUCAAUUUCUGUGUUCUAAAUACUUAUACAAAGGUCUCAAAAGAAUUUUAAGUGACAAAGCCACUUAAUAUCGGGGCAUCAUUAGCAAAUCAUGAAACCAGGACUUUAAUAUAUUGUUUCACCUAUAUUGCUUAAAUCCAGGCCAUCUAGUCUACUUAUAUUUUACAUCUACAUAAUCUCUCUACUUGGUUUGGGGUAGCUUUUCAUUUUGUUUUGCAGUUAUUCAGAGGCUAGAUUCAACAUUUCUUCCCAUCUGUCUUGAUUGCUAAUUGGCUCUGGUUAAGAUACUGUCCUUGCACAUUCAGUUUUUUUCUUCUUGUCCAUAGCCUGAGAAAAUACUUUAAUGGAAAGUCCUGGAACAAAUUUGUAGGGUGAUAGCAUUUUUAAACUAAUUCAUUCUUUUUAAGAUUCACUUUAAAAAACUAUUUUCAUGCUAUGGCUGAAACUUCUCAUUUUUUCCUUCCUUUUCACAACCUUCUUAUAUACUUUAGGCUCACUUUUUAUUACACAUAUUGCAUCUAUCCCUUUUUAGAAAAGUAAACAGAUUACUGCUGUACAGUAUAUCAUGUUCUUAUUGGCAGUGUCUGUUUAGAAUAGAUCUUUUAAAAAGUUUUGAUCAAACAUCUUACGUUUAGAAUGUAGGUCUGAAACCAAACAGCAAGUGUGGCUUAUUCAUAUUUCCUAAUUGUUUUACACACGGGUUCUCUGUUAGUUUGCCAAUGGGAAACUAAAGCUGAAUAUUAUUACUGUUGUUACGUUUUUUUCUUUUCAAAGCAUAUUGUCAGAAAUCCAGGUAAGAGUGCACAUUGUGUGCUUAAAAUGAUUUCCUUGGGUAUUACUAACACUUUCUUCGCUGUUGUCCUUCCUCUUCAAAAAAUACCUUGGUGUAUGCAAAAUCGUUUCGAAAUAUUGUCUGUUCAUCUGAAAAUUCUCCACUUGAUUCUUCUACAUCUGAAACUUUUUUUUCUUACCUUAAUACAAUAUCUUUGCAAACCUCUGAGAUCACAUUAUGUUUUAGUAAUAUAGAGGAGUUGUUACCAACCUUAAUUGUGCUUGUGCCAGAUGUAGCUUUCUCUGCUGACGCAGACUGAUCAGUUUCACACAUUUUGGCCCACAGUUCAAAGCCCAUUUUACUUGAACAAUACUGUUUUGUGCAAGGCAAGAUCUCUGAUCUACUGCCUUGCAAGUUAAUGCAUUAUUGGCUGUAUCCCAUGAAGCAGGAUGCACAUCAUCCCAACCAAAUGUGUAUGCAGUCUGCUGUGACACACUUGGGAUCUCACUCUUUUUUUGUGUGCUUUAUAUAGUGUUGCUUAUCCCAUAAGGAAGUACCAUAAUGGGCAUGUGCCUGCAUAGAUACCAUUGAGGUCAAUUCAAAUUCAGGUUUUUAAAAAUCAGUUACAUAAAACACUAGCAAUAGGACAGUUCAUAAUAAUGGUGAUUAUAAAGUUGUCUCCUGCACUAAAAUCCUGUUGUAUUGCUCUAAAUAGAAUCUCUUGCUUCCUUCAAUUUAUUAAAAUGUUACUUUACUUGGAAUAUUAAGUAUGCUGACUAUACAUUCAGCAUUUUCAACUAUUAAUUAUUGGAUGAAAUUUAAAACUUUUAGUUUUGAUUAAAACAAACAUCUUAAUUUAAAGAUGUCAUUAUAGCUUGUAAGAAAAAAGACCCAGCUAAAAAAAAAACCCUAUAGAAUUCACAUGCAAUUGAAAGAAAAAAAUCUAGUCUCCUUUUUUUCCCCUCCUUAAAUAUUUCUAGUGCAGUUUCAGAUUGAAACAAGCUGUUCAAGGAACAUAAUAAAUUAUUGAAAGUAUCAUACAAAAUCUAUUAUCUUACUUCACUGUGUUGUUUACUGUAAUUUGUGGUUUUGACUAAUGUUUUUAUUAAGAAAAUAUCAAAGGCAUAUUGAUAUUUCCCCAUUACGAAGGACAACCUUUCCUGACUAUUAAUGAAUUUUAAAACCAGUCGCCAGGGUGGUUAAAUGUUUCUUUGUAACCUUAACCAGAUAAUCUCAUCUUUGUGUUAGUUUAAUGACAGUAUUUUUAAAUUGUAUAUUUACUGUGCUUGGAUACCUCGCAAGCAUUUAUAGUCUAGCCAUACCAAUUUUCCCUUCUGUUCUGAUAUUUUAAGGGUACUAGAUACUAGACUAUCUUUGCCCUGUAAAAAUAUAAGAAAGAAGUGAUUAAUCUGCUCAAAAUUUUAGAUAAUUUGAUUUUGGAAGCAUCCCACCUCUUGGCUCAAUGUAUGUAAUCCAAAAAUAUUACAGCAGCCCAGCAAAAACUUUAUUGAAAGAUAAUUUGUGAUUAAUAAUACUAGACUCCAUUUUAACCAUAGUAAUAUAGUUUGACAAUAAAAAUAAACUUAAUGUUUGGUUCUAAAAUUAUUCAUUCAGCUCCACUUAAUAUACUGAAUAUUUUGAGUCGGUCAAGGUAAGUGUAAUUCAUAACAGUUACUUUAGAGUAUAAAAGAGGCUUUAAAACUAAUAAGAGAAUUAUUUGUAGAUCAGGGUUGAAAUGAGGGAUCCUUGGUACUCUCUCAGCUUGGUUGUUUUCUUGCAGGCAUUUCAUUACCUAGACUAGGUAACAUUAUCAGUGCUAGUACUAGUGUUCAGAGAGCAUCGAGGAUCCCUCAGGCUUUAAAACUAUUCAGGUUUACUUAAUUUUAUUUCUGAUCAGGAAAAUAGGGGGGGGGGAAUCAGUUAUGAUGUUCUUACAAAAUCAUAUACAAAAAUUAUCUUCACGUUUUUUAGCCAUAUAUAGCAAAAGUAAUUUAUAAGAUUUGCAUAAGAAUGCAAGAACAGUUUAAAAAAUAACCCAAGAAAGAUCUCUUCUUGGAUUCCUCUGGUUUGUGAGUGAAAAUGUUCAUUCUAUGACUUGUGUGCUGGAACUGGUACUAUUAGGAAGAGCACCUUAUUUCAAAAGGUAUUUUUCAAAAGGUACUUUUAUUUCUGACUACAUGGGUGCAGCCGUGUAGUUUUCUUGGUAACGGUAAGGAGGAAGUUUGCCAUUGGCAGCUUCUGACAUGCUUUUCAAGUUCAGGAUUUAGCCUUUAGAUCUGAUAUAUCCCGUGGCUUGUCAUUUGGCUAAAACAAUUUUUAAAUUAAAAUAAGGUUGAGAUUCUCUGGAUUAUAAUUCUGCAGUUGGUCCCAGUUCUGUGCUUGUGGAAGCGCUCAGUAAUUUACUUUAAAAUAGUAGCUUUCCAGUUGUGAGGACAACAUUGAACACUAAUAAAAAUAGUUAUUCUGCAAAGGAGUGGAAUCAACAUAUCAAUGGAGCAAGUCACAGUCGACGUUGUCAACUUCUCCUUGAAAUAUACCCUGAAUGGAACCCUGAUAAUGACACAGCACAUGGAUUGGGUGAUCCCUUUAUGUUGCAGUCAACAAAUCCAGCCCCAGGAAUUUUGGGGCCACCUCCACCUCCAUUCCAUCUGGGAGGGCCACCUGUUGGGUCAAGAGCUGGAAAUGGAAACAUGCAAGGACCUAGACACAUGCAGAAAGGCAGAGUGGAGACAAGUAGAGUCGUGCAUAUCAUGGACUUUCAGAGAGGGAAAAACCUGAGAUACCAGCUACUUCAGCUUGUUAAACCGUUUGGAAUCAUCACAAAUCAUCUCAUACUGAACAAAAUUAAUGAAGCAUUUAUUGAAAUGGCUACCACUGAAGAUGCACAAGCUGCAGUAGAAUAUUAUUCAACAGCACCAGCCCUAGUUUUUGGCAAACCUGUAAGAGUCCAUUUAUCACAAAAAUAUAAAAGAAUAAAGGAACCAGAAGGAAAGUCUGAUCAGAAAUUUGAGCCCCCAAAGCAACAGCUUGGUCGUGUGAUACAUCUCAGUAAUUUGCCUCAUUCAGGCUAUUCUGACAAUGCUGUACUUAAAUUAGCUGAGCCCUAUGGAAAAAUAAAGAAUUAUAUAUUGAUGAGAAUGAAGAGUCAGGCUUUUAUAGAAAUGGAGACCAGAGAAGAUGCUGUUGCUAUGAUGGAGCACUGUUCCAACAAAGCCCUUUGGUUCCAGGGCAGAUGUGUGAAAGUCGAUUUAUCUGAAAAAUACAAGAGAUUAAUAUUACGAAUUCCUAACAAAGGAAUGGAAUUGUUGAAGAAAGAUAAACCAAGAAAAAGAGGAAUCUCUCCAGAUAGCAAAGACUCUGGAAGUGAAAAGAAAUGUAAGACUGAUGAUACUGAGAAAGCUGAAACCAACAGUACUGAAGGCAAAGAUGAUGAGAGAGAGGAGUCAGAGAGGGUAGAUGCAAAAGAUGGUGGACAAGGAGAACAAGAGGAAUCAAAUUUACUGCUUGAAUCUGAAGAUGAAUUGCUAGUAGAUGAUGAGGAAGCAGCAGCAUUACUGGAGAGUGGCAGCUCAGCAGCAGAUGAGACCGAUGUUGCUAACUUGGCUGACACAACUGCUGAAGAAAAGGAGGCAGCCGAAGAUGAUGCUACUGCAAAACCUGAAGACAAUACUGCAGCUACUUCAACUGCGAAAAAACUCAAAAAGCGACAUGUAGGUAGUUUUCCAAGAAGCAUGAAAGGCUUUGUCACUCUCGAUGAAGUUGGUGAUGAGGAAGAUGCAGAUCAGAAAUAUAAAGCUGGCCUAAUGAAAUCGGUUGGAAAAAAUGAGGACAAUUCAGCUGAAACAAAUACAGAAGAAAUGGAGCAGGAAGAUGAGACAUUUGAAAAUGGCACUAAAACAGAGAACUUAAAGUUGGAACCAUCUGAAGGGACAACCAGCACAAUGACAGAUGAAAAAGAUAAUACUACCAUGCAAGAAACUAAGACUGUUCAUGAUGAACAUAGAAUUGGACCAUAUCAGCCAAACGUUCCAGUUGGUGUGAACUACGUUGUCCCCAGAACUGGAUUUUACUGCAAAUUGUGUUCCUUGUUCUAUACUAACGAAGAUUCUGCGAAAAAGGUUCAUUGCAGCAGCCUUGCACACUAUCAAAAGUUGAAGAAACAUAUGGAGAAAAUGGCUGAAGAUCAGAAACCAAAAAUAGAAGCUUAAACGAAAGGGCUUAAACGAAAGCAUGCCAAUUUGAGGAGAAAUGUUUUAUUUUUGUUGCUAAUCUCAAUGCAGUAAAAUUGGGAAUGCUAUACUACAUAGAUCUUAGUGAAAUAGAAGUUUAAUUCUGUGAUGUGUUUAAUGUUAUGGCAAAAUAUACAUUGUCAGAUCUUAGCUCAAAAAUGGGAUGAUAUUCAUUUCUGUGCAAAUCCAACCUUGAGCUACUGACAGCUGUUUCAGCAAUUGAAGAGCAGAGAGAAUGUCAUCCCCAUUAAACUUUUCAAGGUUCACAUUCAGUUAAAUAUAAACAGUUACUAUUUUUACCUGCAACAUUCCACAUUCUAACAUAAGUCCAACUGAUAUUAUUGUUCAAGGGACUUGCAUUAUUUCAUUUCACUUUUGAGAAUAUUUAUCAAAAUUGUGUGGGUUUUUUUUUAAAGUGGAAAUGCUUUUUGUUGGUAUAUUUAGGUAGUGAAUAGGAAAAGUGAUAGCCAGAUUUUAAUAAAUCUUGUGUUUUCUCUGAGUUGUUGUUUUUCUGUCCUAUUUUGAUAGGAAGUCAACUCUUGCUCUUCUGACCAGUAUUAUUUUUCUGGGUUCUUGCUUGCAAUUGAAUUUAGUACUUUUUCAUACAUCUUCAGUAUAAGCAAAAGCAACAUUUGAACCAUACAUUGUAAAUAGUUUUACUUUUUUAUGUUUGUACUUCAGCUCCUAGACCAAUUACUAACAUAAUUGGACAUGCUUCAAAGUUUCCUGCCUAGAAUUGGAGCAUACAUCUCGAGAUUGGUUUCAUCCUAGGAUUGUGCUUUUGAUGUAACUUCACAUAGCUAAUAUAAGUAGCAGUUUGUGUGUAAAAUCUGUUUUAUGUUGUUAUCACUUAACAGCUUACAUAUAUGUGAAUUCAAGUUAUAGUGUCAAACCAAUAAACCAAACCAAUCGAGUAAA